AGAAAAUACAGUCAUAAAUAAUAAAAACCCAUUCAUGAAAUAAACCGAAAAACGUCUCCCAAUUGCCAUUAAUUGAUGAUGAGGAAUUCCUUGAGAUGAAAAAUCAACACAAAACGACUUUAUGUAGAAGAGAGCAAGAGAGAGAGAUCGCGGGUAUUGUGCGCCGCGGGAGUCCGUGUAAAAAAGUGUCGCCUAAGCAUCUGGCGCUGAUUCACGCACACGGAGUCACCAAAAGUGCACCAGGUCAAGUUAAGAUCAAUUUCUAAAAAGUUUCUGACACUGCUAUAUGGCGAGUGUUUCUCAGGACAAUCUCAGGGGCUUCCUGCAUGAUGUCCGGGAGGUUCUUGAGGCCCCUUCGACAGUUUCUGCUGAGGAAUUGAAACGUUUGAUGAGAGUUUGUGACUCCCUUUUGGCUAAAUUACCUGAAACUGAAAAUACCUACCUUGAGAUGCGAUCAACCUUUCAGGAAAAUCCUCAGGAGUGCCCCUAUCGAGGUCUUCCUGUGGCACAUUUGUCCUUGAGAUCAUGCCCAAAAUCUGGAAAUUUACAGAAAGCUGAACGCAAAGGAUUUCUCGAUGCUGCCUUCAGUAUUCGGUGCACUGGAAAAUUUUUUGGAGGAUACUUGGAUGGGUGGCUUCUGCUCUAUGCAAGUCCUGCUGGAGAAUUACGCCCCCGAUCAACAAUUCGUGUAGUUCGAGUUUGGGAUUGUGCUUCUGAUGAAGAUUUCAAGUGGCCAGAGAGGGUAUUUGGAGUUGAGGAUUUUACAGGAACUUUUUCAUAUUUCCAGGCACCUUCUGUUGAGGAAAAAGUAUCCUGGCUGUUAAUACUAGGAGGAAGUACUCCUGCAGAGAAUUCAAGACACAGUGACGAAGAUGGAAUUUAUGUUGAGCCUAAUGAAGUCAGUGGACCAACUAGAGAAGAACUGAACAGAUCCUUCAAUUAUGACACCCCGAGAACUCCUCCACGUCGAGUGGAAUCUGAACAGUUUCGCCAUAAAUACGAAGACAUAAAAUCAAGGAUUGCCUCACAAUUGCUCUUAACACCUCCGUCGGCUUCGAGGACUUCAUCUGCACCCGUUCAACAAGCUCCUGCAUCAUCUUCAGGUGGAUGGUGGUUUAAAAGACGAAGGAAAGGCUCUCAGAGUGUCCAAGAACCACCCAAGACGUCCAAGAAAAAUCUAAACAGCGAUCCAACCUAUGAGAUUAUUCAAGCUAAGUGAUUUUUAUUUCUUCAUGCAUUAUAACAUUUUAUUUAAUUGUAGUACUACUUUUAUUUUAAAAAAGUUUCUCAAAUAAACUAAAGUGAAAAGUCG